AAUGUAACGGGGCGGCUGUUGGUUGGCCUGCGCUGGUGGAACCAGAUUGAUGAAGAUGGGAAAAGCCAUUGGGUUUUCGAAGCUAAAAAGUCUUCCCCAAAGAACAGGGCUACAUCCACUGAAGCAGAAGCUCAGAUCUUCUGGCUGGGACUGAUCGUCUGCCCUUUAAUAUGGACCGUGUUUCUGUUCAGCACCUUAUUCUCCCUGAAGCUGAAGUGGCUGGCCUUGGUCAUAGCGGGACUCUCCUUGCAAGCAGCGAAUCUGUACGGAUACAUCCGGUGCAAGCUCGGGGGCAGCAAGAACAUCGCCAGAGUGGCUUCCACCUAUCUGGGGCAGCAGCUUUUCCAGAGGACGCUGUGGAAGACCAAGGAUGAAAAGACAUAGAACUUCAACUAAGUUUUCAUCCACCGCAUCAACCAACCGAAGCUAUCCCAAUCAGUGGCGGAGUCGGAUGCUGUGAAUGAAACUGACUAAAUAUGUAGCAUGAUGAACACUAGAGUAGGGAGGUAAACAAAAUUGCUUAUUUAUGUUGUAAAUUUGGGGAAAUGGAUUUAUUUGUUCUGACAGUACAGUGCCUUGCUCACCUUUCUGAGGUCAAGUUUAAUAAAACUGGUUAACAUUAUUUCAGUGUAUAAUAAUAAUAAAAUGCAGUGUUGUUCCA